AUGGAGCAUCGUUAUCUUAAUCGUCUACUUCUCAUUGUCUCUCUAUCUUCCCUCUUCUCCUUCUUGUACUCUGCAGAGGCCAUAUGUGUCCCUCGUAAUUUCACCAAACAUGUGGUGGGCCUUCCCCACAAACUCCCACCUUUCUCCGUCUCCUCCCCCAGACCCAAACCUCCCAGCUCCACCCCACCACCCCCAACCCCGGCGUCGUCUUCAGCUUCGCCACCACCACCUACCAAGCACCACCAGGUCACCCCUGCAACCCCAUCAGUGACGAAUCCGAGCACAAACAGCGUUGUUGAUCCAGAAGUCAAUAAAAUCUGCCACGCCACUGACUACCCAGAUCUCUGUCUCUCUUCCCUCAGACCUUACCUCCAUGGAAAGACUGAUCUACUCACCAUCUUGGAGGACGAAAUCAAGGCUUGCAAAGACAGAGCCAUUGCUGUUUCAGCGGUGGCUCAGAAGAAGUCCCAUGACCCAAAGGCCAACAUUAACACGACUUCCAUCGCUACGGAUUGCAAGGACAUGUUCAGCGAUGCUUUGGCUAACUUUCAGGAAGCGGAGGAUGCCAUUAAGGUUCGUGACAUUGGCACCGUCAAUUCCAUGCUUAGCGCCGCUUUGACUUAUGUAGAUGAUUGUGAUGAUGAGAUCUCCGAUAACCGAGAGCUGCAACAGCUCUUAUCCCGCCAAGAUGUCACCUUGAAAGAUCUAACCAGUAAUUGCCUCGCCAUUGUUUCCUUGAUUAAGUACUAG